CAGGACGAAUGGUCACAGAAAACAAAAACAGGAAGUGUUCACCACUCCCUAGAGACCCCCAGAGAACAUUUUAAUAAGAGAUGAGCACGUCUGUGAUGCUGGCCGAGGUCCUACAAGCCAAAGGCAGUCCUUUGGAGGAAGAAGAGAUAUGGGCACUGUUAUACUUGGGCACUGAAUGUCUUCUGGAGGACUUGCACAAAGAGUCAUCCAGCACCGUGAUUUGCCCGUGGUCAGUGCUGCUGUCCGCAGAAGGAACUCUGUCUUUCAGAGACAAUGUGCCCCAGGUAGACAUUGCCCCUUUUAUGGCACCUGAGAAGUUUUGUGGACACAGUAAAAGCAAGCAUUAUGGACGAACAAAGAUGCUGAUGUACUCCUUAGGAAUGACACUCUACUGGUCAGCAGACUAUCAAGUUCCUCCCAACCAGCCUCUUCAGCUGAGUGACCAGUUGCAUACGCUGCUGCUGACGCUGUGUGAGGAUGUGGCACAGAAGAGACCUUCCCCAGAAUCCGUUCUGGAAGCCUGGGAAGCACACCAACAGCAAUCGCCAACGCAAGGCCCAGCAAAUGUCUUCAUCCAGAGGCUGGCCCAGGGUACAUUGGGGAGCAUCAGAGAGCGAGAAGAAGGAGUCCCUGAAGACAAUGUACCCAUUCCACUUAAGAGAAGCGAUGCUGUCCGGAAGAGGCUGCAUGAGAAAGUAGUGAAGAGCUCAGCAUUGCCUUCUCCACUGAAUUUGCACCAAGGCAGCAUUCCACAGGCCCAGCAACCAUGGGAUUUAAACCACAGCGGCUCAAAAGUCCAGAGUAGCUACAAGCUGUUAAUCAACAGAUCAGCCAGUGCCAUGGACGGAAUUGCUAGCAGAAGCCAGAAGAGCAGCAGUCAAAAAUUAGCAGGUUUGGGCUCCUCUUUCAUCUGUUCUUUAGCAGAUCCUGCACCUUCAAGAUACGUGUCUGAAAGACAGAAAAAGUUUUCAGGCCCAGAAUUCAUCGUUCUGUCCAGUGAGCCUCCAGUUGCCCUGCAGCUGCCUGGGUCAAUCAUGACAAAGAACGGUAAAUCCUUCCUUUCUCAAAGGGAUGUCAAUGUGGUUCUGCUGAAUGGACAGUGCUUAGAGGUGAAAUGUGACAUCAAAUCGAAGGCAGGAGUUGUUUUUGAGAAAGUAGCGGCAUACGCCGGUCUUCCAGAGCCUUUCUACUUCUCCUUAGCCUACAUGAGAGGUAAAGAAUUUUUCUUUCUGGAUGAUGACACCAAGCUUUACAAAGUUGCUCCAGAAGGCUGGAGUGACCAGCCCAAAAAGAAAGCUUCCAUCAUCAAUUUCACUCUCUUUCUGAGGAUAAAAUUCUUUGUCAGUGACUUCCGCAUCAUCCAGCAUGACCUGACCAGGCACCAGUUUUACCUGCAGCUUCGUAAAGACCUCCUGGAGGAGCGCUUGCAUUGCCACGACGAGCUCACGCUGCAGUUGGGCGCCUUCGCCUUGCGAGCAGAAAUGGGGAACUAUGUUCCUGAGACUCGUUAUCGUGUCAAAGAUUAUAUCCCUGCAAGCCAAAUUGAGAAAAUGGGUUUAGCACACAUACAGCAGGAGCUUGGCAGCCUGCACCAGUUGACCCAAUUCCUCUUGGAAGAGCAAGCGGAACUUGAAUUUCUCAAGGUAACCAGGCAGCUCCCGGAAUACGGUGUGGUUUUCCACCAGGUAUUCCAAGAGAAGAGAAUGGUAAAACGAAGCUUGAUGUUGGGAAUAUGUGCCCAAGGGAUCAUGGUGUAUGAAAUAAGGAACAACACUAGGAUUGCCAGCCAACAGUUUCAAUGGCGGGACACAGAAAGGAUUUCAGCUCAUAAAAAGAAGUUUAUGAUUGAGAGCAGCAUCAGUGGCAAGAAGCAUACUUUCCUUACAGACAGUGUGAAAACCUGUAAAUAUUUGCUGGAUCUGUGCUCUGCUCAACACAAAUUCAAUGCACAAAUGAAUUCACAGCAUCUUCUGCAGGCGCCCACAGAGGACAGUCGGUUUACGGAAGCAGCCAGAUCAAAUUCAGCCUAUGACUCUCAGCGGGAUAACUUUACCUUAAUUCAAAGACUCUCCCGCUCAGAAAAUGCAUUGUAUGGGACCCAUCAAGAACGCAUGUCUGCUAGGGCUGCAAGCAAGUCUUGCGAUGAUAACAGCACAGAAGCCAGCACUGAAAAUGGAGAAAAAAGCAACCCGACUCCAAGUUCACCAGGCAACCCGAGGAAGAGCUCAUUUACCAAACUAGAAAGAGAAAUCAUUUGUGUCACUUUGAAACGUGAUCCUAGAAAUGGCUUUGGUUUUGUAAUCAUUGGAGGAGAAAAUGUGGGGAAAUUAGACCUUGGCAUAUUUAUUGCUUCCAUUAUCCCCGGAGGACCUGCUGACAGAGCUGGGCAUAUGAAACCAGGGGGACGUCUCAUUUCCGUGAACAAUAUUAGCCUGGAGGGUGUUCCCUUUAAUACUGCCGUUAAGAUUAUCCAGAAUUCUUCUGAUGAAGUGGAACUGAUUAUCUCUCAGCCCAAAGACAGUUCUGAAGUAUUGGCUGAGGAAAAGCACCUGCCAAGCCCAGUUAGCAGCACCCUUGGUUGUGAGCUCUGCCGUGCCAACUGUGAGAGGCCCAUUUCAGAGGCCUGCCAAGCCACACCAGCCACAGAAGAAGAAUACAGUACAGACAGUGAACUUAAGAUGAUUCUGACGCGGAAUUCCACACCCAAAUUGGUACCCAGGAUUUCUGCAUGUUCGGUUGGCAGCCUUGAGCCACAGGAUGGAAUUAGCAGCAGUCGACUCCAUGAAGAGACCUUCGUGAAAUCCGUUAUCACUCAUGAAUCAGCUGAUGAAGACAGGGAAAUCAAAAAAGGAGACUGCCUCUUGGAAGUGGAUGGAAUCAGCCUCCUAGGAAUGAAACAGAAGAGAUCUGGGCAGGUCCUCGCAAGAGAACACUGUGUGCCAGCUGAGCCCGGUCCAGGUGACAGCGAAAGUGAGAAGGAGCACAUGAGCCCGUCUUUGGCAAGAGCGUGUCCUAAGAGGUGCUUCUUUUUAACAGAUGAGAACACAUUUGAAGUCCGGCUGAGGAAGAACUCUGGAGGCCUCGGCUUCAGUUUUAUGCAGAUGGAGACAGAUGCUUGCAAAGACCUUGGAAGAGACAUUAUAAGAAUCAAGAGGCUCUUUCCUGGGCAGCCAGCUAAAGAAAAUGGGGAGAUUGACAUCGGAGAUAUUCUUCUCGCAGUGAAUGGGAAACCUAUUCAAGGACUACUCUAUCAGGAAGUCCUGCACUUGCUCAGAGGGGCUCCUCCUGAAGUGACGCUCCGAUUCUGCAGGCCACCCCAAGGCAUCCUGCCAGAAAUAGACCAGAGUGUACUGACUCCACUGCUUUCACCUGUGAAAGAAUUUGUGCCAUCCCUCGUGGCAAGCAGUUCUGGAUCAGAUCUCACGGCUACAGAGAAAGAAGGCUCUUUCCUGGCGGCAGACUCCCCAAGAGCAGCCUGUGAUCCAGAACCAGUGAACGAUGAACCCUCUCUCCGUGGGGAGCGAGUGGCAGAGAGCCCUCCGGUGCUACCUCUGACUCGGUGCUCCUACAAGCACCUUUGGAAAGUCUACCAGGAAGUCAUCACCACUGACACCUUCCUUUCCUUGGAAGAGGAAGCAAUCCGGCAGAGGGACAGGAAGUUCCGUGUCUCACCUGGCCUCCAUGCCAAGGUGGAACAGGAAGGUGAAGCUGCAUGCACGGCCAGCAAUUCCUGGAAAUGCCUUAACAGGGGGAUGUGCUCCUUGUUUGAUGACCAGCCUACUGAGGACUGUCAUGAGAUCAUUUCUCCUGCACAAGUGGACGAAGAGUAUCUUACCAUCAGCUCAGCAUCCAUCACCUCUCUGUUACACGGAGGGAAGCCUGAGGCAGGCACUGUCCCAGAGCCCCGUGGGCGUGGCCUGAGUCCACCAGCAGUGCUUGACGGAGAACUCUACACUAGUGAAAGUGAAUGGGAGGACUUGGAAGAUGGGGAAGAGCCGCAGAACACCAGGGAAAUGAAGAUCUGUGUGACACUGACAAGGUCGGCAAACAAGGGCUAUGGAUUCACAGUAGUCGUGAACAAGAUGGACAAUACCCUGUAUGUAGCAGAGAUCUUAGGAGAGCCUGCUUUGUCUAACGGACAGCUGAGAAGAGGCGACCGACUGCUUAUGGUGAAUGGAACUGAUGCCUUGGCUCUUUCGGCUGAGGAGACUUUGGCUCUAUUGUACAGUUCCCCCCGUGAUCUGAGCCUGGUGGUUGGGCGGACUACCAUGGAAGUCUUCACCUCUUUCCCACCAGAGGAGAUCCCAGAAAUCAUUCUCACAAAGGGAGACUGUGGACAACUUGAGGAGAUCUCCGAACCGGUGCCGGAUCCGAUGGCGUUCGAGACUGUUCGGGCAGAGUUUUCCUCGGGACCGGAGCCGAGCCCACGGCCACAUCUGAGUCGACCAUCUCCCGCCCAUCGUUCGCCGAGGUCGGAACCGAGCCCGUCUCCGCAUCGGAGUCGAUCUACCCCUGCUGUCGGUCGCGAGAGGCGUCGGUCCGGAGACAGUGUCCGAUCCGUCCGGUCCACUGCGUCCCGACAUUGCCAGGCCUCCUACCUUCCCCCGUCGUACCACUGUCAGUGGGAAGGGGCGCCUACAGAUUUCUCCGCAUCGGAGCCGAGGCCUUCAACAUCACAGGCAUGGUUUCCACCUCCGGUCCAUGGUGAGGGAUCCCAGCUCGGUUCCGACGAGGGGGACGUCGAAAGCCUGGGGGACUACCAGUCGGAGUCCUGGUCUGAGCCAUCGCCCGCUGAUGAUGUGGUGCCUGCUACUGGUUCACCGUAUGAAGACCUACAGAUUUACUCUGACCAGAUGGCACGAAUGGCUCAGGCCUUAGAGAUGGACAUCUCCUCGGUGGCCCCCCAAACCAAGGAGCAAGCUCCUCAAGAGGAUUUACGGGGACAACCCAGCGUACCUCGGUUUCCCCAUGCUUGA